AGCACAAUUAACUUGAUUGGGGCAAGAUUUUUCAUAUUCGUGUUAAUAGUUGCCAUAACAAGCAGGUCCAGAUGGUGAACAACCUUUAUGCUGGUCUCCUCUUCAACACUAGUUUCCACGUGACCCCACUUUGCACACUUCUUUGAUGGCUUGGAUGUCUAGACAGGGCCAACCGCAGUCCUAAUGCCUUCGUCUUGUCUUCGUGUGUGCUCCUGUGUGCGUGCGUGUGUGUCAGUAAAAAAAAAGACGAGCCCCUGGUGCGUCCCGGCUACACAUACUAAUCCGCCUCACCUCUUUUAGUUUCCUUUUAGGCGCCCAAGCCCUAACCACCUCAAAGACCACAGCCGCUGCUGCUGCCAGCAGCUUCCAGCACCGAUUCGACAGCAGCCCUUACCGUCGCCGCAGGUGUUUCACGGACAGAUAUCCCGCUCGGCUGCUUGCAGUGUCCCGAACUUUGGGAGAGCUAGAGACACUGAUUGUAGCGCUAGCGCAUGGUGGACAGGUGGACAAAGGACGGAUGCAGAGUGCAUGCGCUCUAGGCUGACUGAAACAGCCCGAGGCAGUGCUCUGCCAAGCACCCAUGGCCAGAGGAGACCAGCUCGGACUACACACUAGGAGAACUCCCGUGCACAAUGAACUUGGAGAUAGCUCUAGGCCUCCUUGUGAUCAGAUCUCUUGUGAUGGCUAGAGAUCCACCGUGAGAAAAAAAGGUGGGCACCCCGCUUGUUGAGCAGCGGGUGUGGCCUGUGCUUCCAGAUGGUAAAUGCGUAUUGACACGGCAGAAAAGAGGGGAAGGAAGUCGUGUACUGUGUUCUUCAAGAGCAAUGGCCCCCUGAAAAUUGUGCGUGGCCAGGGCCAGUACAUGUACGACGAGUCUGGCAAUGCGUACCUCGACUGCAUCAACAAUGUCGCCCAUGUGGGCCACUGCCACCCACACGUGGUCAAGGCUGGCGCAGAGCAGAUGGCUCUGCUUAGCACCAACAGCCGCUACCUGCAUGACAACCUGGUGCUCUACGCUCAGCGGCUCACAAACUACUUCCCAAACAAGCUUUCGGUCUGCUACUUUGUUAACUCGGGGUCUGAGGCGAAUGACCUUGCCAUGAGACUGGCAAAGUGCUACACAAAGAACAAGGACAUCAUUUGCCUUGACAGUGCUUACCAUGGACACCUGCAGUCCACCACAGCCAUCAGUCCAUACAAGUUCAACCACAUAAUUGGCUGGCAGAAGAAGAAAUCUGUGCAUGUGGCUCCCCUGCCUUGCACCUACCGGGGCAAGUACCGGGACUGUGACUACCCGCCUGGCACUGACCUGGGUCUCAUGUAUGCCCAAGAAGUUCUCAACCUCAUCAACCAGGCUCACUCGGAUGGUCGCCGCAUUGCUGCCUUCAUCCACGAGUCGCUUGUCAGCUGUGGUGGGCAGUUUCCUUUGCCCAAGAACUACCUGCGCAAUGUCUACCAGUACAUUCGGGAAGCUGGCGGAGUCUGCAUUGCUGACGAAGUCCAGACUGGAUUCGGGCGCGUUGGAGAGCACAUGUGGGGCUUCCAGCUACAGGGUGAAG